AUGGCUUCUGAUCCCGAUGCUGGCGUCCCCAACUUGAACCUCACCCCCGAGGAGAAGCGAGUCUACGGCCAGCUCUUCCGCGCCGCCGAUACCGAUGCCGUUGGAGUCAUCACCGGCGAGGUGGCUGUCAAGUUCUUUGAAAGGACAAAGUUGGAUUCCCGCGUCUUGGGAGAGAUAUGGCAAAUCGCCGACAAGGAAAACAGGGGCUUCCUCACCCCAGCAGGCUUCGGCGUCGUCUUGCGGCUUAUCGGGCACGCGCAAGCCGGUCGCGAACCUUCCCCCGAGCUCGCCCUGUCGCAGGGUCCGAUUCCUAGAUUUGACGGCUUCACCCCGACUCCCGCCCCCGCCCCCGUUCCCGGCCCGGCCCCGUCGCCUGCGAUGCCUGCUGCUAUGGUUUCCCCGCAGGCCACCGGUUCCGGCCCCAUCCGGAUCCCGCCCCUGACCCCCGAGAAGGUCUCCCAGUACUCGGCCCUGUUCGAGAGACAACCGCUGCAGGGAAACAUGCUCCCCGGCGAGCAGGCGAAGCAGAUCUUUGAGAAGUCGGGACUGUCUAAUGAGAUUUUGGGAAGAAUUUGGAUGCUGGCCGAUACGGAGCAGCGUGGUGCGCUGGUGCUGACCGAGUUCGUCAUUGCCAUGCACUUGCUUACCUCGAUGAAGACGGGUGCGCUGCGCGGUUUGCCCACCAUCCUUCCUGCCGCGCUGUACGAAGCCGCUACGAGACGCGCCCCCGUUGGCGGGAUUCCUCCGCCCGGCCGAUCCCCGACGACCGCUACUCCGCCCCUUCCGCCCGCUGCUAGACACCUUACCGGCCCUGCGCAACUUACGCAGACGAGAACUGGCAGCCCGCUGGGACGUCCGCCACUUCCCGCGCAACCGACUGGCGAUUGGCUGAUUAACCCGGCAGACAAGGCGCGGUUCGAUCUGUUGUAUGAGGAGCUGGAUAAGCAGAAGAAGGGCUUCAUCACGGGCGAGGAGGCCGUGCUCUUCUUUAGUCAGUCCAACCUCAACGAGGAUGUGCUUGCUCAGAUCUGGGACCUUGCGGAUAUCAACUCGGCUGGUCGUCUCACCCGGGACGAGUUCGCCGUUGCUAUGUACUUGAUCAGAGAGCAGAGGACUAAGCCCGGUCAGGUUCCUCUACCUACUACUCUGCCUCCUAACUUGAUUCCUCCUAGCAUGCGCGCCCCGCAGGGUCGCCCUCAGACUGCUACUGGUGGCUUCCAGCCCCCUCGCCCGCAGCCCCCUGCGCCGAAGCCUUCGGCUUUGGAAGACUUGUUUGGUCUGGAUGAUCCUCAGCCUCCUGCGGCCGCUCCGGCUCCGGUGCAGGUUCCUAUCGCUACGGGUGGAUCGGUCGAUCCGUUCGGCAACAGUGCUAGUCCCAUUGCGCCGUCUUCGCCUAUCCGCCCCGUUGCGACGGGCUCGAACUUUAGGCCGUUUGUUCCUUCGUCAUCUUUUGGUCGCGGUUUGACUACGCAGGUUACCGGUGGUUCGAACAGCUCGGCACCGGCGGGUAGUGUUAGAGCUUCUCCGCUGCCGCCAACAGUUGAAGACGAUUUGCUGGGUGACGCCGACCCCGAAGUCAACAACAAGCUCUCCAACGAGACUACUGAGCUCGCCAACCUCUCAAACCAAAUCGGCUCGCUCACCAAGCAGGUUCAGGAUGUCCAGACCCAGCGAACUAACACCCAGAACGAUUUGAGCCAAGCCAGUCAGCAGAAGAAGAACUUUGAACAACGCCUCACUCAGCUGCGCGCCUUGUACGAAAAGGAAGCCCAGGACGUCCGCGCUCUCGAGACACAGCUCAACACUGCCAAGGCGGAGACCAAGAAGCUGCAGACCGAGUUCGCCAUGAUCGAAGCCAGUUAUCUCGAACUGCAGAACCAGCACCGCACUGUUGUUGCUGGCUUGCAAGCCGACCAGCAGGAGAACGCCUCGUUGAAGGAGAAGAUUCGCACGGUAAACGGGGAGAUCGCUCAGCUGAAGCCGCUGGUUGAGAAGUUGAAGAGCGAGGCCAGGCAGCAGAAGGGAAUGGUGGCUAUCAACAAGAAGCAGUUGAGCACGGUGGAGGGGGAGAAAGGAAAGCUACAAAAUGAAGUUGAGGGCCUUAAUAAGGAGAAGGAGGAACUGGCUAGGCAGGCGGAGCUCGCCAGGCAAGCUAGCCCGGUGCAGCAAGUCACUAGUCCCGCCCUGUCCACUGCAAGUGGUAACAACCCCUUCUUUAGGAGGACGGGAAGUGCGGACAUCAGCGCUGCGUUCGCUUCGAGGUCGAUGAGCGGACAGAGUUUCGAUGAUGUGUUCGGCCCCUCGUUGAACGCCCCUAUCCAGAGCCCGACGCCACCUCCUGCUGCUGUUUCUCCUGUUCCCCAGGUUGCGGCGUUCAAGGCGCAGAAUACCGGCACGUCGACCGGUAGUUUCGGUUCGGGGUCGUUCGCUACGCCGGGCAGCACUUCGCCUACAAUUUCAAGGCAGCCUACUAUCACUGCUGAGAGCGCUGCUGCUCCUGGUGGUGCCUUCUCCCCAUUCGGUGAGCCCAGCGGUAGCGGUUCUCGUGCCCCCUCGCGUCAUGGAUCCCAGGAUCAGACUCCUGCUGCUGCUGCUCUCCCCAUCGAGCCCGUUCAGACCGGCCAGUCUGCUACUUCCAACCGUCCCAUGUCGCCUGCAUCCACUACUAGCCAGUCUAAGGCCCCAGCCGCCCCCGUUGAGGCCGAUCCUUUCGCUGUCAAUACGGACGCUAAAGCCAAGGAGGACUUCGAGUCUGCGUUCGCUAGCUUUAAGAACUCAAAUGCUAAGCCCGCUGCUGCUGCGGAGACUGCAAAGGCUGGUGGAUUCUCCAAGUUUGACUCGGAGUUCCCGCCUAUUUCUGAGCUGGAGCGGGACGAUGAGAGUGAUUCGGAGAGCGAGGCGGGUGAGGCGAAGGGCGGGUUUGGAUUUGAUGAUGAUUUCGCGCCUGCUAGCCCUCCGGUCAAGCCUCCCGUGAGCGCUGAGGCCGGUCAAGCCGAAGCAGUUGCUGCGCCGGCUGCUGCUGAGCCAGUUGCCAGCGAGACAUCCUCAUUCACUACUGCCCCUGUCUCAUCUCCAGCUUCUCCAGCUCCCCUAGAGGUAUCUAACAACGAAAACAACAGCACCAGCGCCGCCGCCGCUAGCAACGCCGACCUCGACGAUAUCUGGGGCACUCGUUCUCCCGCUCCCGCCGCUGCUCCCGUUCCUACCUCAACCACUACUGUUACCGUCCCCGCUACCGCUCAACCCCCCGCUACCGCUGUCCCCGCUACUGCCCAACCUCCUGCUGCUACCUCCCAAUCCUCCAAGGGUGCCUUCGACGACCUAGAUGAUGAAUUCGCCGACCUCGAAGACGCCAAGGAAGGCAGCUCCGCCGACGACGUAGAGGACUUCGCCAACAUUUCCCGCUCUGGGUUCGGAGAUGACGGUUUUGGCAGCGGUAGCCAGUUCGGCUCUCCCCCGCCUAGCCAGUCCAAGAGUGAUUUCGACUUUAUCCCUUCCCACCAGGCGACUCAGUCUCAAGGAUCGUUUGCUGCGCCAAAGGCGGAUGCCCAUGACUGGGAUGCUAUCUUUGCGGGUCUUGAUGAGGGAAGCCAGGCUCAGCAGGGUGGUCAAAGUCCGUUUGAGAGCUUGGAGACGCCGAGACCGGGGUCGUCCGCCAACCCGCAAGCCCAAACUGGUGGGGAGCAGAAGGAGGGUGAGGGCAAGGAGCAAAAGAAGGAGGGUGGUGAGGAGAGGCCAGCACCGGGCAGAGCGUUGACGGAGUCUGGGGAACACGAUGAUCCGAUUGUGAAGAACUUGACGAGUAUGGGGUACUCGAGACAGGAUGCGGUGAAGGCGUUGGAGAAGUACGAUUAUAAUUUGGAGAGGGCCGCCAACUACCUUGCUAGCCAGUCUUAA